UAGGAUAGAGAAAUAUGUUGGGGAAUUGUGGACUGUGGUGGGGGAAGCAGUUUAAUGUGGGAAGAGAAAGCACUCAUCGUGAAGGGCUUCGAAAAACGUUCGAGUUUAGUGUUAAGAGAACACAAGUAGCGAGAAGUGGUGUGUAGAGUACGUACUCCCGAAAUAAAGGCGUUAGUUGUUCGCUCGAAACGUGAAGUAAGAACUGGUUCAUUGCUUAGCGACUGCACAGGAAAGGAGUUCGCUCAUAGAUACGUCUUAAGAGAUAAAGUAUAUACCAAAGUAAAUACGCUUCCCCACCACAUUGCGUUAUCGAUUGUACGUAUGGAUUUCUUACCACAAAUCGAGUGAUUUCAGUUCUCAUUCACGCGGUACAGGUUGAGGCAAGAUGGACGCUGAAGCGAAUAGGGGAUCCUUCCAGGAGCAGUUACUCGAAACUUAUGGGCUGAUUGAUAAGAAUGGAGAUGGAUAUAUUGAUCUGUCUGAGCUAAAGGAGGCUCUAGAUGGUUGUGGAUUUAAAUUACCAGGCUGGAAGGUGCGUCAGAUGAUUGAGGAGUAUGAUGACAAAAGACAAAUACAGCAUAGAGGCCGUCUUUCAUUUGAUGAAUUUGAAAAGAUGUGCCUAGAACUGAAAUCGAAUGAAGUGGCUAGCAAAUUCAAGCAGGUAGUGUCAAAGAAAGAAAACUUAGAAACACUAGGUGGGAUGUCUGAUGCCUCUAGUGAAGGCACCACACAUUCAGUACGCCUUGAAGAACAGCUGGCAUUUUCUGAUUGGAUCAACAGUAAUCUACGCAAAGAUCCAGAUCUCAAACAUCUCCUGCCCAUUGAUUCUGAAGGGAAAGCACUGUAUGACAAAGUGAAGGAUGGAAUUCUUCUCUGCAAAAUCAUCAAUCAUUCAUGUCCAGAUACAAUAGACGAACGUGCAAUCAACAAAAAGAAUCUGACUUUGUAUACAAAACAUGAAAAUUUAACUCUUGCUUUGGUUUCAUCACAAGCCAUUGGGUGUAACAUAGUUAAUAUUGAUGCUCAUGAUUUAGCAAAAGGCAAACCACAUCUUGUUUUGGGCCUCCUCUGGCAAAUUAUUAGGAUAGGGCUGUUCAAUCAGAUCACACUAGAAAACUGUCCUGGAUUAACCACUCUUCUUUUGGAUGGGGAGCGCAUUGAAGACUUAAUGAAACUUUCACCAGAAGCAAUACUGUUACGAUGGGUUAACCAUCAUUUGGAAAGAGCAGGUGUAGCCAGGCGCUGCAACAACUUCCAAAGUGACAUCUCAGACUCUGAAAUUUACUCACAUUUGCUGCAACAAAUAGCACCACAGGACAGUAAUGUUACACUAGAGGCUCUUCUGGAACAAAAUCACUUGAAUAGAGCUGAAAUCAUGUUGCAACAAGCUGCAAAAUUGGGUUGUCGAAGCUUUGUGACACCCAAUGAUGUUGUGAAUGGCAUUUACAAACUCAACUUGGCAUUUGUUGCUAAUCUGUUCAACAACCAUCCAGGCCUAGACCGUCCUGAGGGAGACAUUGAAGGUCUUGAGAACCUCGAAGAGACAAGAGAAGAGAAAACAUACAGAAAUUGGAUGAAUUCAAUGGGUGUACUUCCAUAUGUAAACUGGCUGUAUUCAGAUCUUGCAGAUGGCCUCGUUAUUUUCCAGUUGUAUGACAUAAUCAAACCAGGCAUUGUCAAUUGGAAUAGGGUACACAAGAAAUUCUCCAAGCUACGUAAAUUCAUGGAGAAACUAGAAAACUGCAAUUAUGCUGUUGAACUUGGCAAACAAUUGAAGUUUUCUCUGGUUGGAAUUGCAGGCCAAGAUAUUAAUGAUGGAAAUGCUACACUAACACUAGCAUUGAUCUGGCAGCUGAUGAGAGCCUACACCCUCUCAAUAUUAACACAACUAGCGAACACAGGAAGUCCCAUUGUAGAGAAGGAGAUAGUUACUUGGGUGAAUAAUAAGCUUGCUGGUGCUCACAAGAAGAGCUCAUUGAAGAGUUUCCAAGAUCCAUCUGUAGCAGACGCUAAGGUUGUCAUUGACCUCAUUGAUGCAAUUAAACCUGGAACUAUCAACUACGAACUAGUGAAGGAAGGUGGACCUGAUGAAGAUAACCUAGCAAAUGCAAAAUAUGCUAUUUCAAUGGCUAGGAAAACUGGAGCUCGAGUGUAUGCACUUCCUGAAGAUAUCACUGAAGUGAAACCAAAAAUGGUCAUGACUGUAUUUGCAUGCCUAAUGGCCAUGGAUUACAUUCCAAACAUGGAUGUGAAGCAGACAUAAAGCUAGAAUCAUUAGUUUCUAUUCAGAGUUACUUUCAAAUAAAUUUUUAUUUUUAUUAUAAUUAUCAAUUAUAUAUAUAUAUUAUUGUGGACUUUAUACACUUGGUUUGCUUAUGUGAUUAGAAACUAAACAAGAUUACUACUGCAGCAUUCCAUAUAUGUUGAUGAAUAAUUGUAAAAUUUAAAAAUGACAUAUAAUUUUGAUUGGGCAAUAAAGAUAAGCGCACCUACAGAUACAAAGGCCCUGAGUUGGUAUUGUGUAUGUGUUCUUACCUGUCUCUUAAUAUAUUUAAAUACAAGUGAAUGUAUAAUUUUUAUACAGUUUAAACAAAACGUUUGAUUGCUUGGAAGAAAUACAGAGAAGUUGAAGGUACACUAACCUGAAUGGUGCCAUGGAGACCUGGAAAUGUAUUGUAAAAUAUUUAGUUCUUAUAUCUUAACAAAGUUAUAUAGUAUUAAUCUUAUGAUGUUAUUAAUAAUUGCCUGUCAUAGUAAUACAGAUAAGAGAAUCAUUCUGGAUUAACAAGAUCUAAUAAUAUAGACACCCAAAACGUUUAACAUUGUUUGUUUUGUGGAUCUAUACAGGUCCAGGUCAGAACUGUUUUGUUACAUUGUGAUGGGUUUAUUCCAGUUUAGCAUUUUAUUUUGUGGCAAGAGGUGCAUGUAUUAAAAAUCCAAUUUACAAAUUAAGCAACCAGUUGUCUUUUGCACUGAUGUGCCACAUGCUUUUUAGACUAAAGUUUUCGAAGUAUAAACAUAGCAACAGUAAAAUUAAUAUAAUGUAACAUGCAGAAUAAUGACUUCCUUCUUUAAAUUGCAGAAUUAUUAAUUAUCUGUUGUUAAUGUGCUGAUCUUCCAUUUUGCAGACUGGUGUUAACAUAUGUAAGUAAAGUUUUCCAUUCAUUAUAUAAGCACAUUUGUGUUUAUAUGAACAUCCAGUUUGUAAAUAUAUUAAGACUGAACUUUGUUUUAUAUUUUUUAUGAAAAUUAAUAAACAUAAAAUAGAUUUAUUUUCAUAUAACAUUGUUAUAAUAAUAAAAAUGACCAAUUUUAUUAAAAAUUAUAAUUACAAUAUAGUUUGUACCAACAAAAAUGAGAAAUAAUAUACAAUUGAAACAAAUGUAGCCAUGCACUUAUACUUUUGAAAUACACUGAAGCCAUUCCAGAAGUUUCUAUGGCUUAUUUCAUGUUCUCAGAAUAAGAAUCAUUCCAUAUGUUUCAUGCAGCAACGUUUUUGAACAUUCGGGAUAUAAUUUGGUUAUUGGUACUAAUGGAAGUGUUCAGUUUGUGAAAUGUGAGAAAAGAAUAAAAGAGAUCUGUAUGUAGUGAAUUGAUUGCAGUUUAUACUUUAUUUUGUGUAUAUGCCAUUGUGUGGAAUAGUUUUGUACCAUUUGGAAUAUACUUCUGCACAUCUGUUUGAACACUGUUCAUACAGCCUUCCAGUAGUGUAGUAUAAUUUAAGAAUUGUCUUUUGUCUAGUAUGUUUCAAAAUAGCAUAUAAUAUGAUGUGUGGUUGAUGUGUGUGUGUGUAUGUACUUUUCCAAGCUUUCAAAUACUUUGAUGCAUUCUUGAUUAGAUGAAAUGAAAAUGGAGCUAAAUCUGUCUGUAAUGGGGUUUGUUACCAUUUGUCAGCAUUGUUUUGAAACUUGUAAAUAUAGAGAUCAUAUGGACUCACUUUGCAGUUUAUUAUCCAUGUUAAUUUUGAUUAUUUAAAUACCUGCAAGGGAUUUAUUGUAAUAUAAGUUUGGAUACAUUCCUGUCUUAAUAUGAUUCAGAAUGGGUGUAUAGAAGGAAAUAAUAAUUAAAGAUUUCUUUUAUGUUGUUACAGUUGUUUGAAUACCUACAAAAUACACAUCUUGUAACUUUCUUUGUGCCAAAGGUGCGUGGUGAAAUAUGUCUUAAGUGGUUUUGUUUUCUGCACCAUUUAAAAUGUAAUUAAUUUCUUAAAUUGCAUUUUAUCUUUAAUUGGCAUUUGAUAGGAGGUUCACGGAUGUGUUCCGGUCUGCUGUUGUGAGACACAAAAGAAAGGAAGAAUGAGAAAGAUAAAAAAAUAAUUCACAAAUGUAUAUAAUUUUCUUGUGUUCUUAAAAUUGGACAAAUAAUACAAAACGUAUAAUGUAUGACAUUGUGAGAAUAUUAGCUUUGAUUUACAAAUAUUUCAGCAUUUAGAAGAACAUUUCAAAACACAAGCCAACCUUCUUAUUAGUUCAGAGAUACUUAUCUGAUUUUCUUCUUUAGACCUACAAGAAUUUUCUCCAACAUACUUUCAAACGGUCAGCAGUAAUGAUGACUAUUUGACCAGAGAGUGGACAAAUGCAAGACAACUAUUACCAAAAUUGAUCCUGAAUUAUAUGACAUGGCUAUUAUUGAAUGUGUUUUCUACUUUUGGACAGCUUUUCUCUUUGGCUUCCCUCGCUGACUGAAUAUUUUGUUUUUGCCUAUGAUUGUAAACUUCCGUUCCCAACAAAAGAUAACUUCAGUUGUAGUCACCGCAUAAGUGUGCUUUUCCAUCCUAGAUAUUCACUUUACCAUCUUACACGUAAUUUGGUAGUUUGUAUCCAGUUCCUAGAGAGUCCUGCUUGAAUCCAGAUAUUUGACUGUCUUGUCAGUUUUGUAUAAAUUUACCAGCUAGUCAGUCAGUAUAUGUUUCAGGUCAUAUUCUGCAUCACUGUCUUGGUCAUGUUACAAGCAAAAGCAUGUAAGUUUGUGCACAGCUUGAAAUUGUAUUACUUGUUAUACAGGAAUGUUUUAUAACAAAACCUUAAAAGUAUUCAAUUAAAUUAUUUAAUUCCUACACAUGUGGUUCUGCAGUUGUAUUUAUGCCCACAGCAGGUGUCUCACAUAAGAGCUAUGCUCUCUUCUAGUAUAUUUUAUUAUACAUUUUCAUAUUUUCUUCCAUGGAGUUGUAAUCUUCCUUUCACGUUGAUGUUUUCAGUGUCAUUUUCUAACAUUCAUAUGAUGGAACGUAACAUUGUAAAAAUGCUGAUUAUGAGAUAAUAUGCAAAAAAAGGUUGAAAUAUGUAACUAGAAGCCUGUCCCCUAACUUCUGGUAAGGCAGUACAGCUUAAAUAGUAAUCCAGACAUGCCAAUAUUUCUUCUACUUUGAAGUGAUUAUGAUGGGCAUAUCAGAUUAAUUUAUCCUUCUUCUUCUUCUUAAGAUUAUCUAAGCAGAAGAUUUAGAGGUAUUCUUGCUUGCAACCAACUGUUAAUUAGGAAGUUUUCAUUAUGAGCAGUACUCCUGCCCACCGUGUGCUGCAUAUCUGCCAGCAUGGAUCAGUCAUAUGCCACUCAAGUCUCACAUAGAUCACUCCUGCUUUGCUGAAUGUGCAUACAUAUGAGAAUAAUUGCAUUUCCUUAUCUAGAACUUGCAUAGCAGGUGGUACAAAUGAAGCAAUUUAAAUUGUACCAAAUCUUAGUGCACUAGAUUAUGGGUUGUUCUAAAUGCCACAAUUAGAUUAAUUAACUUUUUGAUAUUAUGCAUGUAACCAUUUGGUGUGAGUCAGCCAUUGUGCAUAACUGUAGUGGCACAUAAACUGUACAUGAAUCCAUAACUGUUUAUUUUUUUCUAUCAAAUGACAUAUUUAUGUUACUCAUGAAAAUAACCUUCUUUGUAAGACAUAGGGCAGAGAUCUGUAAGUUGUGUAGUUCCCAUGAAAAUGACAGCUCUCAUCUCAUUCUGUUAAUCACAUAGCCACAAACUGAAAACAUGAAACAGAUGUCACCAAUACAAUGUCAGUUUGCCUAGAUCUAAUGCAUAUAGUAUUUAUUUUUCUUUGUUAUUCAACAUUGUAAACUUUCAAAGAUAUUAAUCCUUACUGCCUUCAUAUCUUGCUUUUUGAGGAGCUGCUCGUUUCACCCAGACAUUGUUUCCGGCUUCAUAUUAAAAACAAGUGCUUCUGUUUUCUUAUAUAAUGAGGGUUUUUAAGAAUUUUGCAGUCAGUGCCAGUCAAAACAUAUUAGAUGUUUUAUGGGGGAGCAGCACCUUACAUGUGUACCUGGAUAGUUGUAUUCUGUGAACUGACCCCACCUAGGCCAUUGGAAGUCCAAGGGGAAGGAGAGAAGGGGAAGAUGUAGCAUGGCACAGUGAACAUGUAAUGUACAUUUCUUGAGGGUUAAAAUGCUGAGGGGGAAGCUGCUUACAGAUUCAGAAACAUGACUGUACUGCUGGACAGAUGUAGGACAGAGAAGAUGGUAAACUGUUAGACAGUGUCGGCCAGUUAUGAAUCAUCCAUCAUGAUAAACAUGCUGGAAAACAACCCUUGCAUUAUACAGUGAUUUUCCAUGUGUACAGCAUUAUGAAGUUGACAGUUCCAGUGGUUUUUGUUACUGUAAUGUGGGCAUUGUAAGCCAUGUUCAUCCUACUGUGGUUUCACUCUACUCUUUCUUAAGUCAUAAGGCAGUGAGCCAGGUUUAUGCCAUUAAGAACAGCUGAACAGUUUCAAUAGAAAUUUUUGAUUGUUAGUGGUAUAGUUUGACCAAGACAGUCCUCAAAUAGUAGUUAUAAGACUUGCAGAGCAUUCCUACAAUAGGUAGUUGCAAAGAAGGGAUGCAAUAAUGCCCAUUUCAUUUUAGGAAAAGCUCAUUACAUCAGCAUUUCUACAUGAAAUGAAAGCUAUUUGGAUUACUGUAUAGGCAUCAAAUUAACAGGUAUAAUCCAUUAUUCAUACUGAGUGUAACAGUAUUUGUUCUCACUCAUUCAAAUAUGAAGCAGCCUGCAGUACAAGUGGAAAAGUUCAUUAUCUUAGAGUUUGGUAAAUCUUUAUUACUACCAGUAUACUGAAAUGGGGACACACACAGUAGUGUAGUU